AUGGCGCUCAGCAGAAUAGACGGCCAGGAUAAUCUAUACGUCGGGGGGAUAUGGGCACUACGACGGUCGGACACGCUCGCAGAAAAGAAAAUCACGCAUGUUCUCAGUGUAGUGGGUUUCAGCCCAGACAGCCUCAAAAACUUCAAGGAUGAGCCCUGGUCGGAGUACGGGAAGCAGUUUCGCCACCAUGUCAUUGACGUCGACGACGUCGACGAGUCGGAUUUGCUAGUCGAGCUCCCAAAGGCAGUGAGCUUCAUCCACGAGGGUCUGCAGGGAGCGUCGGGUGCCACGCCGGGCAAGGCAGCCGCACAAGACACCCUCGGGGGUGAUGCUGCAAACUCCCGAAAUGCAACGACGGAUGGCGGCGGCAGCAGCACAAGCACCAGCGGUGGUGGUGGUGGUGGUGGCGUCUUUGUGCACUGCGCCGCUGGCAAGUCGCGAUCCGUGUCGGUAGUCAUCGCCUAUCUUUUGUGGCGAUACCCCCGACGAUUUGAACCCAACACCGUGCCACCCGCGGCGUACGGUGUCAGCAGCCCCAGGCAAGCACCACGGUCGCGAAAGGAGUCGGCCAGGCAAGCCGUCGAGGCAGCCCUGGCCCUGAUCCGGAGGACGCGGGCCAUUGCCGAGCCCAACGACGGCUUCAUGCAGCAGCUCGCACUGUGGUGGGAAAUGGGCUGUCCAGAUGACGUCGAGUCGCAUCGGCUGUACCAAAGAUGGGCAUAUCAGCGCGAGGUCGAGCAGCACGUUGCUGUGGGACAAGCCCCCAGCCGGCUACGGUUCGAGGACGAGCAGGAUACCCCAGCCCCGGCACCUGCGUCUCAGCAGCACGGGCAAGAAUCACCGCCACCCUCAUCCGCAGGACGAGACGCGCAGGUCGCUCUGCGGUGCAAGAAAUGCAGAUGGACGCUGGCCGCGUCGCCAUUCAUCAGCCAACACGAACCUGCUGCUGGGUCGCAGCCGGGCCAGCCGUGUCCGCACUACUUCAUCGAGCCGCUCGGCUGGAUGCGCAGCGAGCUGGAAAAGGGGCAGCUCAACGGCCGGCUGAGCUGCCCGAACCAACGAUGCUGUGCCGCCGUCGGACGCUACGACUGGAAGGGCAUCCGCUGCGCCUGCGGUGGCUGGGUCACCCCAGGGCUGUCGCUGCAAAGGGCGAGAGUAGACGAGGAGAGGAAGCCCAGGGCCGGGGGGGUAGGCCAGGCCCAGGUUGCGAGCUUGGGUAUUCGGAUGCCUCCGGGACGAGGCGGGAACCUGUGA